ACGCGCAAGCACAGGGAAGGUCAGCAAACAUUUUCAGCUAGGUUGAAAGCAUACUAUAACUGCCAAAAUAGAGACAAGAUAUGGUGUCCGAUCAUGCAAGACUGGCUUCCAUACAAAACUUGCACCGCGGCACAUAUUCUGCCUUACAGCUUUCCCGACCAUCUCUUUGACCACAUAUUUGUGGCUGAUGCUGAGGACAAGAGAAAUCUGAAGGAGAGAACCAUGACUGUCGCAAACGGAAUUUACCUUUAUAAACCUGUGGAGCAGGCCUUUGACCGAGGUGAUUUGAUCAUCACGCCUCAUUAUUGCUCUUCUAACGGAAGAACCGAGUUGCGGGCACACCUGCUCCACGAAGGCAUGAAAUCCGCCAAAAUUGGCGACGAUUCCACUCUCUUGUGGAAGGAUAUCGACAACAGAAUGUUGCAAUUUCAGAACGCGAAUCGACCGGCAAAACGCUUCUGACUGUUAUCUGGAAGUGUGUCCAACAACCCCCUGGAUGGGCUUUUAGGCUCACAGAGUUUCUCGAUCCCGUGGAUAUGAUCUCUGUCACCCCUCGUACCAACCUUAUAGACGGCCCGAUGAUGAUUCUGUCCAGGUUCAUCACCAAUGCUGAGAUCUUCAACCAAGUCAAGCGGACAAUCCCA